AUGUUCCCUCCAGAGCUGCCUGGACCAGACCUCCGAAAAAUAUGCUCAGCUUGGAUAGAAAGUAGGGCUGAUCACCAAUUGUUGGCCACUCCUGCCCGAGCACGCGGAGCUAACAUCUCCACCAGACCCCUCCUCGACCUUAUCAAAAUAGCAUUUGAGCCCAUCGUCCAUGACAUCUGUGACUGGGACAAGGAAACUGUGACUGGGAUAUUGGAAGAGAUGCAUUUCAAUUUUCGGAGCAGUUAUUUGAAAAGUAAAAACCACAUCGUCGCCGGUCGCACGUCUCAGUCUUGCAGCAGAUUAAGCCCAUCAAAUGGGCAGAUGUUGAUGAAAUCGUCACGCCUCCUUGCCUCUCAAGGGAAGGCCCUGGGCCAGCUCUGGUGGACAAAGGAUCCAUUUCACAAUAUCACGAACUAA